CUGCGCAGUGCAACGCGCCUUCCCCCUCAUCCUCUUGUCGCCUCUCUUCCCGCGGUGACACUCGGAAGGAGGGAAGGCGAGUGGCACAUGCCGUGGCCCAUCUACCACUUCUGCGGAUUGGUAGGCUCAGACAGACGAGGCAAGCAAAACAACAAGCCAAGCGGAUUUAGCAUUCAAUGCACGCCUGGACUACCAAGUUCGCCCUGAUUCAGCUUCAUCUUACCAUCUGUUGGCCUUGGCUCUGUACCGCUUUCGUCAGGGAGAUCUCGAGGCCCCCUCUGGUAUCACCUAAGCUCGGGGUUGUCGCCAAGGGCCUCGGCGUGAGCGUGUCCCUAGAAUCGAGGGCCACGUGUCAGCCAAAAUCCAUCGCAGGAGAAAUUCGAAAGUACCUGCUCUUUGCCCGAUGGUCCAGCGAACGCUGUGUCUUUGGUGGAAACCAAGGAUAUCUCCAUUCUCUUUCGACUAGCCAAGGGAUCUCUCAGGAGUCCGGUCUCCUGCUGGUCUACCGCGCUGGCCGACAACAACACGACGAAAUAUCACAGACACCGGGCAGCUAUCCAGCUGAGCGUCAAGAUGUCAACGAACCCUACAACGACGUAGGCGAUUGA